AUCGAUUCGAUCACCAGGAAUAUAAUGGGAUCUUCUAUUGAUAGAAAUUUUCAUACUUUCAUCGUUCUCACGUCCAGACAAAUAACGGAUGAUGUAUUGGGAAGGUUGAAAUUUUUGUGCAAAGACGAAUUGGCGGAGGGAGAGAUUGAAUCCACCAACAACUCCCUAGAGUUUUUAGAAUUACUAUGUAGACAGGAAAAGAUUUGGCCCGGAGAUAUGGGUUACUUGUCAGCCCAUUUGGAAACUGCAGGGAACUUUAAACUAGCCAAAGAGAUCAAAGAAUGGGGUGAGUGUGUAUAUUGUGUUCUAUUCAUGUAGAAGGCAACUUAAUAUAUCAUGAUCUCCGGCUGCGGUUAAGCCAAGUAAGAUAUGAAUCAGGCUCGUAUUUGCAUUGAAGAACAAUCAGAGAAUUUUAACAAGUUUUUUAAAAACUUUUAACUACGAAGCUUUUCAUACAAGUAUCCUCCUCUUUUAUAAAAUGUAUCCUGCGCUGAGAGUUGAUUUAGAAGUAUCUUCCGGCGGCUCAAGUAACUUACGAACGAUUGUGCUGAUUCACAUGUGAUUCACGUAUUCAGAUAUGUAGAGAACUGUAGUUACGAUAUUGUAUCGAAUAUUGUACUCCAGAUAUGCUAAGCUGUUUAUUAGACACGCAGUACGUGCGAACGUAAACAAGCCAAGUAAACAAGCCGAGCGACGCGAAUGUUUCGCGCGCUGUGUCACAACACAGCAUUUUCCUUCUCUUUGUUAAAUACGACCCACAGAUAACGCACGGCAAACAAAUCGGCAAUAGAAAACAAACUUUAGGGAAAAACAGGUACAUUGAGCUAGUGAAACAAACUAUUAAAUAAUUUAAAUUUUCCUUUUGGAAAAUAAGCGUCCUCGCAGCACACGGUGUGGAUGGUUUCGCUUAUUGCCAAGAGUUUGACAUAUUUUUGCUCUCAAUUGCCAUGAUCAGGCCUUCCUAUAAAGGGGCCUGAUACUCAGGCUAUCUCAAUUGUCGAGCGCCAAAGAAGAUGUCACGCAAAAUUCCACGAUCCAGUGCAUGAGAUAAUUUAGGGUAACACUGAAGUGAAUGAUGCAUAAUCUCAUUGCAUAUUUUUGGAAAGGAGGUGAUUUCUUAAAAUCUUAUUGAGCAAAAUGACCCCGUAAACAAGUUGCAUUCUUUCACGAACCGUAAAAGGGACAGAACGGAGUUCAACAUCUUCACGUGUAAACCACGUUCAUAGCCAAUGGCAAAUCAGCAUUUUCGAUUAUAGCCACCAGGAAAAAGCUAGUUUCGCUCUCUUCACCAAAGACUUUACCAUAGUAGCAACUGAAGUAGACUGCAAAACAGUCGGCCUGCCACUUAUUAAAGGUUUCGUGUUUCGCGCGUGAUAACUUUUGCCUCUGGCUUUCACAGUGUGUCAGAAUUCAAUAUUCGUUACUUUAAAUGAGGCUACCAGCCGUUAGAAAAUCUCAAUCUUUAAUCUCAAAGUGAAAUUUUGACUCCAAUACAGCAAUUCCUUUGUAAAUGAAAUUCAUUCCUGAAUUAUGAGCUGAAAGCGCUGAUCAAAAACAUGUCAACAACAGGAGUAUCGGCUCCUGGCGAUAAUCGAGCUAUAAAAGCGUUCAAAAAGGGGGUACUUUACCAUGGGGAAGAUUGUAAUAGAGGGCCAGAAAAUGACCCUCCAAUACUCGAGCCCGCGUUUUUAGCGGGGCUCCCUCGCGCGCGAGGCGCGCGUGGGACAGAGCCCCAUACUCAUGGAAUAUGGUCAACCUUUUUUCUUUUGGUUGUCACGUGACUGACCGAGCGUACGUACGUACGUACGCGUCUACAGAUUGUACGGGUAGGGUAGGGGAGACUAUCAAAAGGAAGGGAGGGGUGUCUCAGGCGUGUCUUAGCAAAUCCACAUCUUUUACAUUGGCCAUUCACGAUAUGGUCAAUUGACAGCUGUCAAAACAAGAUAGCCACUGACCAGUAUCACAUUGCCAUAUCGGGGGCUCAUGUGUCAACUCAUCAAGGUGACGUGAGUUAUUUGGAAGCUGUCCGCUGACCAGUUGUUUUACUAGAUCGCGAUCAAUGUUCAAUCUCAUACUUUCUAGCUAGUUUGAGAGCACAGGAAAACUGAUAAUGCACACAUCCAUUUAUCAAUGUUUUGAUCAAUUGACAGCUGUCAAAACAGGGUAUCCGCUGACCAGUAUCACUUGACCGUAUCGCGGGCUCAGGUGUUAACCCAUCGAGGUCAACUAUUUUUUUGAAGUUAUCCGCUGACAAGUUACUAGUUUUCAAAUGAUCGCAGGCUCAAGUUUGAUUUUUUUUUUCAUUCAUAUGAAAUAUGUUUUGUUUUUGGGCCGCACAAUUAAAAUUUUGAUUUAAAACUGACCUCGGACCCGAAAAUUCAGCCAGCUAUUACAGGCAAGACAGUUGCUUUUGACUUUGCUCACCAUGGUCACGCGUUGGUCACGCUCUACGUCCAUUUUUAAAGCUCUGAUUGGUCAAAAUUUGACAGGUGAGCUCAUGCGGAAAAUUUAUGCAGCCUCUUGAAUCUUGUUUACUUUGACAGCUGAAGCUGAGAGAGUUUUGUGUCAACUUGUGAUGUUUUUAACUGUCUUUUUCCACUGGAUGCACAAAAUGAAAUUUAGCUGCUAUCAGGAGCCUUCUGUUAUUCAUGGCUAGUUGGUUUUUGGUUGAGAAAUUAAUACAUCACUUGUCAAAGUCGGGAAUCCGAUUUCGGGUGUCAACGUUUUUGUUUUUCACCUUGCUUGAUGCGUAAAGGCUGAAAACUCUGAAGCGAUACUGGCCUUCCUUGAUACCUUUCAGGAGCUGCAUCUCGAAUGGUAAGCCCCAGUAAUUAUUGUGUUUGAUGUUUGUUUUUUAUAUCUAAUUUAAAGAAGUCGAGCGUAGUUUAUGCGGCUAUGUAGUUUAUGCACGUUUGUAAGAUUUGAGACAAUUUGAUCUGACCACGAAUCAGGUAAACUUGAUAUAAGCUUACACAACUUUAAAAAGUCUUUAGACAUUUUCUCACCGCAAAUAGGAAGAAAACGUUCCAAAGAACAUUUAGUUAUAAUUCUGGCAGUAAAAGAAAGCUUUGAGCGAUUUUCUUGCCUCGAGUUCAUCUGUGAAAAAAGUAAAUACCGGGAAGCCGGCUUAAAACAUAAACUUAAGCUUUAAGCUUGAAGACUCAGGAUUUUUAGAGACACUUUAAUAUUUGACUUCGUGAAUGAAAAAUGUUGUCUCUGUAUAUGUUUCGCCGAAUUAUAUUUCCUUUAUUGAUUGUUGGUAGUCUCUCUUGUAAUUUUAAUCGCUGUGCCGUUUGUUUUCAGUCGUUCAGUGAACAUCGCUUGCAGGAGUACUCAAACUACCGCGCGUAUCAAACGCUUUUAAAGAUUACAGAUCGAUAAAACCAUUAAAUAAAAAAUAAACAUAACAAUUUCUUUAUUGUGUUGGAGCUUAACUCUAGUAUGUUCGUUCAAACAUUCGCUACAGCUCGCACUGCAAAAGUGAGAACCGGCUGGCUGUAUAUGCGAUUUUGGACAUUUUUUUAACGGUUUAGCUAAAAGCCCACGCGUGCUUCGAUCGUCCUGAAUAUUGAAUGAGUGCAAUUUCUCUUGCAAAAUUGUGAAAUACUGAAUUCUGUCCGAGGUCUGUAUGAUAAAAACAGUACCUCAUAGUACUGUUUCACCUCAGAUGUGAUGUAUAAAUGGUAUAAAAGGGUUGUUUACACGCAACCAGAUUUGUUGGCAAGAUUUUGUAAAGUAAACUUGUCGAACGCAAAAAAAUUCAACCUGAUUUUUUUUCCAGGCCUAAUUAAUCUUACGGUGAUCAAGAGCCAUUAUGGCUCUUAAAUGUGAUCGAAGAUGAUUGCUAUUUUUUGGGUGUACAUAUGAGGUUAUCAACUCGAUGUAAGAUUUUGUUCACUCUUGGGCUGUUUGCAAAUUAUUUUUCUCUAAAAUCACUUAGCCUUUCCCUCAAAAGUCACAUGAAUGUGCUAUGUGCUCUUAAGUUAACUGAAUUGUGGAAUACAAGUUUAUUGUUUGAUUUAAAUUAUAAAUAUAUAAUGGGAGCCUCGCUUUUAGCCCUGGCUAAAUCUAUAUAUUAUUGCUCAAUAGGUGACCUUACAUGACGUACUUGCUGGGUUGUUUGCCGCUCGCUUGAGCUAUAAAAGCGUUCAAAAAGGGGGUACUUUACCAUGGGGAAGAUUGUAAUAGAGGGCCAAAAAAUGACCCUCCAAUACUCGAGCCCGCGUUUUUAUUGGUCAAUAGGUGACCUUACAUGACGUACUUGCUGAGUUGUUUGUCGUUCGCUUGGUCGAUCGCUUGUCAGUUGUCCAACCGUCGCGUUGUAGGUGCUGUUGUACCAUGCCAAAACGUUCUCCCGCAAAGAGAGAUUUUAGAGAUAACGGGAGGAGAAAAGUAAAAAAGAACAAAGAAGGUGCUUCUUCAUCAACCAGCAAAGUGGACGAAGAUUUGGUAAGAUCUUUCUGUUUGUUUUCUGUUAUGGCACCCCUCUUCACCUUUUCACGUAUUAGGGGUAAGCUCAUAUGAUUUCUAGUUCAACUUUUUAAUACUUCCUCAGAUUUUCUGGAAUGAAAAAAGCGUUUAAUUCACGAGGAAGCUAACAUAUUUAUUAUACUACUGAGCUGAUCAUCGUUAAAAAGGGAACAUGUUCUUUUUUCCAUGAUCGAGGGCAAGCUACCACGACAUAUGACAUGGAGAGCUUUGUUUUUGUACUAGCAUGAUUUGUAGUAAUAUUUGGCAUAAAUACCACGAGUGAUAUUUCGAAAUUGUUAUACGUAAUUUCAAAUUUGAGACAAUUUUGAAAUAUCACGAGUGGUAUUUGUGACAAAUAUCACGGACAAAUCAUGCUAUUAUUUGUUUUAUACUACUACCUGCAAAAGGUUUGUAAUUUUCACAUGUAGGCAUUUCAAAUUAAGCUGAAAUACCACUGCUCUAAGCCAAUCAAAUUGCAGUAAUUUUUCAUGUAGUAGUGUAAGGCGUCUAAGCUGUCGAUUUCCAGGGUUUACCUUGGUGUAAGAACCUGUGAACUUUUUCUUUGUUUCGCACCUUUUGUUUUUCUGCGUUCUAUUGCGUUGACUUCUUUGUUUCCUCCAUUUUACGUCAUUUGUGAGUUUAACAGGUUCUUACACCGAGGAUGAGCCGAUUUCCAUUUAUGGAAAUCAAAAAGCAACCUUGAACUGUAGACCAUAACAAAUAAAUAUAUGGCAGCACUCCUUCAUACUUUAUCUAUCAAUAGUUGGCACUACAGCUGCCCCCGCUCUGUAUGUAUCGUGGUCGGUCAACAGUCUUCUUUUUUGUGUAGCUCUUUAAAAAACAUGGAUUCAUAAUGGAUAUUUUCACACAUAUUGCAUACAUAGAUAAGAACACAAAGCAAAAAGUUUCAUGCGGUGAUUCAGUUCGAUUUUAAAGCAGCUCAGAUCAAACCAUUCUCUGUUUCGAGAAUAUUUUAUUCAAAAAUAUAAGCAAAGAUUUGAUUAGAAGUUGUAAUUCUUCACUAUUUCUCUUUUACUUUUAAUUUAAAAUGUUUGAUCACAUUACUCUUGGGCGUUCUAGUCAUUUAACUUUUAAGACAAUACGUUAAUGAGAAUUCGAUGAAGAGAACUGUUUCAUUAUGAUGGAAAGAUAUCUGCUGAAGAGCAGUAUUCACCAUUGUGCAUUCAGCAAGAGAUACUGAAAGCAAAGUUUAUGCAACAAUAUUGGGAGGAGGUAGACAGACAAGGUGUAUUAGGGAAUGCAAAAAUAACAAAUACUUGUGGUUAUAUAAAUGUCACGUAAGAUCUGAACAAGUUGAGUAAUUCAUAAGUUUUUUGGCCAGUCUUUCUUACAUGUAGCUGAACCAUACAUUUAUAACAAAUAUGGAAACCUUGGAAAGUUUAGCUCUGUGAAUUUGACCUUAAAGUGGAAAUCAAAGUUCUAUUGUAAGAUGAUACAAAAUAUUUUAUUUCCUCAAAUAAAAGCCAUCCCUCUAUUAACCACCUCCCUCAAAUAAGAAAUCUUUUCUAGUAAUAGUUGACAAUACAGCUCCACCCCCUCUGUAUAUUGUCGGUCAAUAGUAUUCUUGGUCAUUGUGUAGCUCUUUGAAAUAUACCAAUUCAUGAUCAAAGAUUUUCACACAUAUUCUAUACAGAAGGUGAGAGUAAAAACAGGAAACGAAAGGUUCUAUGUACUGUUUCAGUUUGAUUUACACAGCUAUGAUCUGAAAGCAUUCUCUGUUUUGAGAAUAGUUUAUUUUAAACCAUUACAAAAGAUUUAAUUUUUAGAAGUUAAAAUUUUACAAACAGUUCAUUUUAUUUGCCUGAAAUAAAGUCUUAGAAAUUAAAAGGUUUGAUCAAUAAUUUCUCACAGAUGUCCUUUAGGGGAUUAAGUAUUAGAAAUGGCUAGAACAUGCCAAAGAUAUAGAGAAAGAGAUCAAAGAUCUGUGAACUUGUGUCUGGCAAACUAUCCAAUCAUUUAUAUACACAGUCAUACACACCUUAUAACCUCAUCUCCGCUUAACGAUGUAACAUUUCCCAAGCAUUGGUUAUAUAGAGGUGUUCGAUAUAGCAAACCCUCCACUUAACUAACACAUUUCCCCAGUCCCUUUGCAUGUUAAAUUGAGGUUCCACAAUGUACUUAAAUACUUCGAUCACUAAAACUCCUUUUAAACUAUAUCAUACAGCAGAGAAGUUGAUAACGGAUUUGUUGUUGUUCUUGUUGCAGGAAGACGAAAAGUGAUUAAUGAAAGAAGAUCAUUAAGAAAAAUAAACAUCACUCGUUUUUUUUAAAAAAAAAAUGGUGUAUUCAUUUGUAUAAAAAAAAAACUUUUGAACGUCGUUUCUCCUUAGACAACAACUACUCGCACGUCCAAGCUCCUUACAGAGGCGUCUUCUCUAUUUUCUAAACAACCACUUUUCGACUAGAUUCUCUUUUUUAAUAGCAGGGGAUUUUUAGAUAAAACUUCAUUGACAAUCAUUAUCAUUAACCUCUCUCAUAAUAUUGGGAAAGGCUUUUCGUUGUGCGUGGUUUGUAGAAUCUCGUUUUUGACUGUCUUUUACUAUUCAUUGUAAUUAUUAUUCUUUAAACAGUUCAUAUUUCAGUUUAUUUGUUGCUUUGGUACAUGUAUGUUCUUUUUAUCCCCAUAUAAUGGUGACGUGGGAUCCUAUUCACCACCGGUGUUUAGUUUUCUGUAAGCUAAAAAUAAAUUUAAGUAAAACCUUCAUACACCAAGAAGGGUGGCCUUAGAAAAGAAUAAGGCUCGAGGAUGAUAAUUGGUGGUAGAAAUGAAUAGUCUGUUGAACGUUGUGCUUCCUCUUUGACAACAACUAGUCAAACAUUAGAGCUUGUUACAAAGCUUUCCUCUCUACUUUUAUAAAAACCAUUUUUCAAUCACUAUUGAUUUUAUUCACAUUGAAAUGUUGUGAGUUCUUAGGCUCAGUAAACCUUGUAACACACAUUUCUUAGACUCCUUUUUGUUAUUGGAAAUGCUUUUCAUUGCGCAUGUUGACUAGAAUCUCGUUAUUGACCCUCUUUUAUCAGUCAUUGUUAUUCUUUAUUAUUAGUUAUAACUUAAGAAUCAUCUUGUACAUUCGUGACCUUGUACUCAAAACCGUGGCAUAAAAAGGUUCACACUCAGCCUCUCUCCAACAUCAAUAGCACAGCAUAAAAGGAAAUUUAAGUCUUCGUUAAGUUUUACGACAAGUGAUAUUGUAUACCGCAGGACCCAACCUAGAGAGUACAGUGGGGGAUCGAGGGGAGGGGCCUGGGCCAUUACUUUUAGACCGGAAUGAGGCUGAAAGAGCAGAAAAUGUUAUUUUAGACUGGGUCCGCCACUGCAGUAACAUCGAAAAGAAUGUGGCAGUUUGAAAGUAUCAGAAAAGUUUACGAAUUUUCUAGACGGUGUUCUCUUGAAAGGAAAUUUCUUUCUUCGCAAUGACCGAGUAUUUUUUAAAGUCGAUGAUUACGAAAACUAACGUUUUGGAAACCCAUAACCACCGGAUUGUAGCUUCCAGUAAGAUUUAACUAAAAAGACUAACAAUUGCAUGGAUAAGAAAAGAUUAAGAAAACCUUCAUGACAACAAAAUGGGUCGCUUCGGACGAUCAGCCGAAGAUGAUAACAAGAAAAAAAGACCAGUCAAACUGUUUCAACGAGUCAAUCGUCUGAGCUCCUUACAAAGACAUUUCUCCAUUUUUUAAAAAACCGAAUUUCGAGUAGCUUUUCUCCGUUUACGUUUAAUGAAUUCUUAGCAAAUCUUUGAAUCAAAAUAACCCAUUUAAAUUUGUUACUAGUAACGGGAAAGGCUUUUCCAUGGACAUUGUUAGUAUCGUUUAUGAUCCUCGUUUACCAUUCGUUGAAUUAUUCAGUGUAAGGCAAUCCAUGUUUCAGUUUAUUUGUUGUUACAAGGUCAACUAUUCUCGAACUUGCUUUGGUGCGUGUAAUUUUUUAGCCGUAUAUAACGGUGACGUGGGAGUGUCGACAUUCUUUCCAGAAUAAGAAACUAACAAAAAGACAUCUACCGAUGAAAAGCAAAACGGACGAUUUCGAUGCCUAAUCACCACCUGUGUUUUUCUUUCUGUAUGCUUGAAAUGAGUUUAAAUAAAACCUUCAUACACCAAGAAAGAUGACUUCAGAAAAGAAAAAGGCCCGAAGAUGAUUAUUGCUGAUAGAAAACAAUAGUCUCUUGACCGUUAUGCUUCCUGUGACAACAACGAGUCAAAACGUUUGAGUUCCUUUUUAAGGUAUCUUCUAGAUUUUCCUAAAAACCAUAUUUCGACCAGAAAGUACCUUAUUCACAUUCAAAUGUAGCAAAUUCUUAGGCUAAACCGUAAAUGACCAACUUUCUACACUCCUUUUUUAUUAAUGGGAAAGGCUUUUCGUUACGCGCGGUACUUAGAGUCACCUUUUUGACCCUCUUUUACCAUUCAUCAAAUUAUUCUUAAAUUUUUACCGUUGAUUGUAUUAUUCUUUAGAACUUUACUUUUCAGCUUAUUUGUUGCUUUAACGGAAAAGAGAUAUCUUGUGCUGCGUGGCCUUGGCAUGAGCUGAAAACCGUGGUAAACGGGUCCACACUCUUUCCAUGCAACAUCCAUAGCACAGCAUAAAGGAAAAUCAAGUUAAGUUGAGGACAAGCAAUAUUGUACGCCGCUUUGACUAAAGCGGGAUCCAGCCUAGAGAGUACUAGCGACAGAUUAUAGCAUGUCGAAUAGUGUUCUCUGGAAAGAAUUUCUUUUUUCCACAUGACCGAGUAUUUUGAAGUCAAUGAUUAAGAAAAUUAACGUUUUGGAAAGUAACCUUUUUACCACCAGUUUUUAGCUUUCUGUUAUCUUUAACAGAAAGACUGUUGAUUGUAUGGUUGAGAAUAAACAUUAAAAAUUCUUAAUACACAAAGACGGUUUCCUUUACAGAAGAAUACGAACGGUCAAAGAUGAUAACUAGUGGUAAAAUAGAACAUUCGGCUGAAUGCUGUUUUUUCUAUUCUACUCAAACCGUUUCAACGAGUCAAACCUCUGAACUCCUCCAUUUUCUCAAAAACCGUGAUGGGAGAAGCAUUUCUCUCUUGUAUACGUUUGGGGAAUUCUUAGCGAAAUCUUUGAAAAUAACCCAUGUAAAUUUGUUACUAAUAACGCAAAAGGCUUUUCAAUGGACGUGGUUAGUAGAACCUGGUUUAUGAUCCUCCUUCGCCAUUCAUUGAAUUAUUCUGUGUAAAUCAAUCCAUAUCUUAGUUUAUUUGUCAUUAGAAGGUAAAAAAAGUUGAAAUUUUUUUUGAUGCGUGUACUUUUUAUCCGCAUAAAUAACGGUGACGUGCGUGUGUGGACAUUCUUUCCAGGAUUGGAAACUGUGAAAAGAAAUCUACCGAUAAAAAGAAAAACUAACGAUUUUGACACCUAAUCACCACCUAUAUUACCUUUCUGUAAGCUUGGAGUAAAUUUAAAUAAAAACUGUAUACACCAAGAAGGACCAAGAAGGUUGGCUUCGGGAAAGAAUAAGGCCCGAAGAUGAUACUAGGUGGUAGAAAAGAAUAGUGACUGUCUUUUGAACGUUGUGCUUCCUUUGACAACAACGAUUUCAACGUUCGAGCUGCUUACAAAACUAUCUUCUCUAUUUUCCUAAAAAACAUAUUUCGACGAGGAUUGACCUUAUUCAGGCAUUCAAAUGUAGCAAUUUUUUAGGCUAAACUGUAAAAGAUCAAUUUCCUUUAAAACUUCUUUUCUUUCUUUUCUUUCUUUUCUUCUUCAAACGUCUAAACUCCUCCAUUUUCUGAAAAACCGUGUUGGGAGAAGCAUUUCUCUUUUGUAUACGUUUGGUGAAUUCUUAGCGAAAUCUUUGAAAAUAACUCAUUUAAAUUUGUAAAACUUUAUACACCAAGAAAGGUGGUUUCGGGGAAGAAUAAGGCCCGAAGAUGAUACUAGGUGGUAAAAAAGAAUAGUGACUGUCUAUUGAACGUUGUGCUUCCUUUCACAACAACGAUUUAAACGUUCGAGCUGCUUGCAAAACUAUGUUCUUGAUUUUCCUAAAAAACAUAUUUCGACGAGAAUUGACCCUAUUCAGGCAUUUAAAUGUAGCAAUUUUUUAGGCUAAACUGUGAAAGAUCAAUUUCGUUCAAAACUCCUUUUUAAGUAAUGGAAAGGCUUUUGGUGGCGCGCGGUACGUAGAGUCACUUUUUUACCUUCUCUUACCGUUCAUCAAAUUAUUCUUAGAUUUUUACCAUUUAUUGUAUUAUUCUUUAGAACUUUACUGUUCAGCUUAUUUGUUGCUAUAACGGAAGAGAUAUCUUGUGCAUGCGUGACCUUGGCAUGAGCUGAAAACCGUGGUAAACGUGUCCACACUCUUUUCAACAUCAAUAGCAUGUACACAGGAUAAAGGGAAAUCAAAGUGUCUCCGUUAAGUUGAGGACAGCAAUAUUGUACGCCGCCUUGACUAAACCGGGAUCCAACCCAGAGAGUACUCGCGACAAAUUAUAGCAUGUCGCAGUUUGAAAGUAUCAAAAAAUGAUGCCUUUGAAAAUGGUGUUGUCUGGUAAAAAUUUCUUUUUUCGACAUGACCGAGUAUUUUGAAGAAAGUAUUUUGAAGUAUUUUGAAUUAAGAAAAUUAACAGUUUGGAAAGUAAACUAUUCACCACCAGUUUUUAGUUUUCUGUUAUCUUUAACAGAAAGACUGUUGAUUGCAUGGUUGAGAAUAAACAAAAAUUCUUGAUACACAAACACGGUUUCCUUCAGAGAAGAAUACGACCUGUCAAAGAUGAUAACUAGUGGUAAAAUACAACAUUCGGCUAAAUGCUGUUUUUCUAUUCUACUCAAACCGUUUCAACGAGUCAAACCUCUGAACUCCUCCAUUUUCUGAAAAACCGUGUUGGGAGAAGCAAUUCUCUCUUGUAUACGUUUGGUGAAUUCUUAGCGAAAUCUUUGAAAAUAACCCAUUUAAAUUUGUUACUAAUAACGGAAAAGGCUUUUCAAUUGAUGUGGUUAGUAGAACCCGGUUUAUGGUUCUCCUUUACCAUUCAUUGAAUUAUUCUGUGUAAACAGGUGUAAAUUAAUCCAUAUCUUAGUUUAUUUGUUAUUAAAAGGGAAAAGAAGUUGAACUUGCUUUGAUGCGUUUAUUUUUUACCCUCUGAUAUAACGGUGACGUUGGUUUGUGGACAUUCCUUCCAGGAUUGGAAACUGUGAAAAGAAAUCUAACGAUAAAAAGAAAAACUAACGAUAUCGAAACCUAAUUACCACCGAUAUUACCUUUCUGUAAGCUUCAAGUAAAUUUAAAUGAAAAAUUCAUACAUCAAGAAGGGCGGCUUCGGAAAAGAAUAAGGCCCGAAGAUUAUACUCGGUCUCGAAAAGAUUACUGACUGUCUGUUGAACGUUGUGCUUCCUUUGACAAGAACGAGUCAAACGUUCCAGCUGCUUACAAAGCUAUCUUCUCGAUUUUGCUGAAAAACAUAUUUCGACGAGAAUUGACGUUAUUCAGGCAUUCAAAUGUAGCAAUUUUUCAGGUUAAACUGUAAAAGAUCAAUUUCCAAGGCUUUUCGUGGCGCGCGGUACGUAGAGUAACCUUUUUGACCUUCUUUUACCAUUCUUCAAAUUCUUCUUAAGUUUUUACCAUUCAUUGUAUUAUUCUUUAGAACUUUACUUUUCAGCUUAUUUGUUGCUAUAACGGAAGAGAUAUCUUGUGCAUGCGUGACCUUGGCAUGAGCUGAAAACCGUGGUAAAUGGUUCCACACUCUUUUCAACAUCAUUAGUACAGCAUAAAGGGAAAUCAAAGUGUCUCCGUUAAGUUGAGGACAGCAAUAUUGUACGUCGCUUUGACUAAAGCGGGAUCCAACCUAGAGAGUACUAGCGCCCGAAUUAUAGCAUGUCGCAGUUUAAAAGUAUCAAAAAAUGAUGCCUUUGAAAAUGGUGUUCUCUGGAAAGAAUUCCUGUUUUCGACAUGACCAAGUAUUUUAAAGUCAAUGAUUGAGAAAAUUAACAGUUUGGAAAGUAACCUUUUCAUCACUAGUUUUUAGCUUUGUGUUAUCUUUAACAGAAAAACUGUUGAUUGCACGGUUCAGAAUAAACAAAAUUCUUGAUACACAAAGACGGUUUCCUUUACAGAAGAAUACGAACGGUCAAAGAUGAUAACUAGUGGUAAAAUACAACAUUCGGCUGAAUGUUGUUUUUCUAUUUCUACUCAAACCGUUUCAACGAGUCAAACGUCUAAACUCCUCCAUUUUCUGAAAAACCGUGUUGGGAGAAGCAUUUCUCUUUUGUAUACGUUUGGUGAAUUCUUAGCGAAAUCUUUGAAAAUAACCCAUUUAAAUUUGUAAACUUUAUACACCAAGAAAGGUGGCUUCGGGAAAGAAUAAGGCCCGAAGAUGAUACUAGGUGGUAAAAAAGAAUAGUGACUGUCUGUUGAACGUUGUGCUUCCUUUCACAACAACGAUUUAAACGUUCGAGCUGCUUACAAAGCUAUCUUCUCGAUUUUCCUACAAAACAUAUUUCGACGAGAAUUGACCUUAUUUAGGCAUUCAAAUGUAGCAAGUUUUUAGGCUAAACUGUGAGAGAUCAAUUUCCUUUAAAACUCCUUUUUAAUUAACAGGAAAGGCUUUUUGUGGCGCGCGGUACGUAGAGUCACCUUUUUUACCAUUCAAAUUAUUCUUAAGUUUUUACCAUUUAUUGUAUUAUUCUUUAGAACUUUACUGUUCAGCUUAUUUGUUGCUAUAACGGAAGAGAUAUCUUGUGUAUGCGUGACCUUGGCAUGAGCUGAAAACCGUGGUAAACGGGUCCAUACUCUUUUCAACAUCAAUAGCACAGCAUAAAGGGAAAUCAAAGUGUCUCCGUUAAGUUGAGGACAGCAAUAUUGUACGCCGCUUUGACUAAAGCGGGAUCCAACCUAGAGAGUACUAGCGACAGAUUAUAGCAUGUCGCAGUUUGAAAGUAUCAAAAAAUGAUGUCUUUAAAAAUGGGGUUCUCUGGAGAGAAUUUCUGUUUUUGACAUGACCGAGUAUUUUGAAGGCAAUGAGCUGCUUACAAAGCUAUCUUCUCGAUUGUCCAAAAAAAAAUAUUUCGACGAGAAUUCACCCUAUUUACAUUCAAAUGUAGCAAGUUUUUAGGCUAAACUGUGAAAGAUCUAUUUCCUUUAAAAGUCCUUUUUUAUUAAGAGGAAAGGCUUUUCGUGGCGCGGUAUGUAGAGUCACAUUUUUGACCCUCUUUUACCAUUCAUCAUACUAUUCUCAGGUUAGCAGUCAUUGUAUUAUUCUUUAGAACUUUAUUUUUUAGCUCGUAUUUGUUGCUAUAAUUUAACAGUUAUCUUUUACAUGCGUGAUCCUGGUAUCCGCUGAAAGCCGUGGUAAACGGGUCCACACUCUGUCCAACAGCAUUAGCACAGCAUAAAGUUAUUUAAGUGUUUCCGUUAGGUUGAGGACGCCGCUUUGACUAAAGCGAAAUUCAUCCUAGAGAGUACUAGCGACGAAUUACAGCAUGCCGCAGUUUGAAUGUGUCCAAAAAUGAUGCCUUUAAAAACGGUUUUCUCUUGAAAGAAUUUUUUUUUAAACCUUUCACAUGAUAAUUAGUGGUAGAAAAGAAUACAGUCGAAUAGCCUGCGUAGCAGGCGCUUGGAAGUAGUGGGCACAAGAAAAAACGGGCGCGCGAGAAGGAGGCUCCCUCACCCCUUGCGUGUCUCCCUCGCGCGCGCCCGUUCUCUCUUUCGCCCGCUACUUCCAAGCGCCUGCUACGCAGGCUAACAGUCGAACCUCUCGGUAAGGACACCUCUCUAAUACGGACUCCUCUCUAUUACGGACAGUUUCCAAUGUCCCGAGAAAUUCUCAUAUAUUUAAUUUCUUAAAAAAAGCUCCAUAAUAGCCAUUCUCUCUAAUACGGACAACGGACACGAAAUCUCGGCUCCAGAGAGUAAUUUCAUAUAAACUUAACCUCUUUAUUACGGAUAGUACUGUGAUCAGGUGCCGAUCCCGAAUCCCGAUCAGGUGAAACUGCACAGGUUGAAUCUCGUUUUUAACCCUCUUUUACCACUCUUUGUAUUAUUCUUUAAAACAAUGUUUGUCAGCAUUUUUUAACUUAAGAAUCAUCUUGUACACGGGUGACCUUGGUACCCACUCAAAAUCGUGCCGUAAAUAAAUAAAUGAUCGACAAUCUUUCUAACCUCACUAAAAGGAAAUUAAAUUGUAUUUUAUCAGUUUGAUUACAAGCAAUAUUGUACACCGAUUCGACUUAAGCAGGACCCAUUUUCUUUUCGAAGAAUUCUAGCAUGUCUCAUUUUGUUAGUAUUAAAAGUUCAUGUCUUUGAAAAAAGUGCUUUUUGAACGAGAAUCUAUUUUUUGACAUGAUAGAGUAGGUUUAAGUCAAUAAUCAAGCACAACUAACGUUUUAGAAACCUGUUCACCACCCGAGUUUAGCUUUCUAAAGAGCUUUAACAGAACUGACUAUCGAUUGGAUCGGUGAUAACAAAAUUCAAAACACCCUUCAUAGAAGAGGGGUGGCUUCGGAGAAGAGUAAGUCCGGCCGAAGAUGAUAACUGGUAGUAAAAAAGAUUAUAAUAAGAUUCCAACCCUCUUUUAUUUUUCAUUUUUUUUAUUAACUUUUACAAAUAUUUGCGUGAACCUUUUUAUCACAUAAAACGAGAAGGUAAGACGUCCCUUUUGGCUUCAUAAGCCAUUGGAAAAGUUGUUUUGGUCAGUUUGCCAACGGCAAGAAAAUCUACAUCGACUCAAGUUUGCACCCAAAAUCAGAUAUUCAUUAUUUGAAAAAGGUUCUUUUGAAGGAAAGACUCCAUCCAUGACAUCUACUAAGUUACUAUAGGCAUUUCACUUCAUUCUGCUGCCUAAGUAGUACGACAGCACUGUUUUAUUUUUAUUCACCGUCAUUGAGAUCCGAGCCAACAGGCGUUAAUAAGGCGGCGCAGUAAGUAGAAGGAGUCUUUAUAACAUCAGUGCCUUUCUUACGAGUGACUGCAAAUAAAACCGUACAGAGAUGGCGAAGACGGCUUAGGACACGUUUUGGUUACAUUUUUCUUUGGCAGAAAGUCGAGACAGCUGACUAAAACUGAGGAAAAGCGUAACAAUUAAAAUUAGCCCAGGUAAUACUGAAAGCAUGCAACAGCUGUGGCACCAGGUUCUCGAUGCCAUGAAACUUAACUAUCAGACUUGGCAUUACGCCUUGAUGCAAUAAAAAGUAGAUUACAUGAACGAAGGUCAAGCCUGCCUUAGGUCAUUAAGUAAGAUGGAUCAAGUAAGGUCUACGGCCAAUGGUCUCAAUCAUCGACAAACCCGUCACAAAACCACUUUCUGAUAAAACAAUGGGACCAAGAGGCAAUUCUAAAGGAUAAAUACAGAUUGGUAACGGGAGAAUGAUUUUAGCCAUUGCUGCACCAUGGUGGUUCGGUGACAGAUUUGCACGAUAACUACACCACGGAUACGAAAUACUGCAAAAUCGCCAUUCAGGAACUAAAAGAACAGCUCAUAUCACUAAAAAGUUUAGGUUUUUUCUUGUAAUGCGUGAUAAAAUAGUUUGUGGGUCCUAGAGAGUCGAUUAUAUACGAGUUUAAAACGUGGUAUUCCACGGUGCUAUGAAUUGCCCUCUAUUACAACGUUCCCCAUGGUAUUGUACCCUAUUUUUGACUGCUUUCUUAAGUGGAUAAUCACUAUAAUGGCUGUCAAACUUCAAAUGUUUGGCGGCGAAACAUGUCACGUUCACGUGAAAGUAGACCGCGCGGGUCACGGAAACAACAGACAAAAAUAACCAGGGAAAUACCGUAUUUAUUCGAAUAAGCGCCCAACCUCGAAUUAGCGCCCACCUCGAAUAAGCGCCCAUCCUAAAGGCAGAAAAGUUAAUAAGCGCCCAGCCUCGAAUAAGCGCCCACCCCUCCUCCUCCCAAUCAAACUCAAACAAGCGCUCACCCCCACCCUACCAACUUAAGUGAUUAAAGGGACUGGUUCACGAUAAUGCGCAUGUGUGAGUUCUGACAGUAGCUGAUUGUUUUUCAACCAAUCGGAAGCGAGUUAGAUGCACGCAAGUAAAUUUACAAAAUUCAAAUUAAUUGUUCGCGACGCGAGAGUAUUUCCGGGCAUUUGGUUUGAUUUUAUUUAUCCCCAUAAUUCAGGUCUAUUCUUUGCUAUUCCUUAGAUAUGUGUUGCAGCCGAUAACAAUAAAAUUUACAGCCCUGUCAUGCUAUGCUGCUAUGCUGUCCUGCUCAAAUGUUAUCGAGUAGCACACAUAAAGAAACUAGAUUAUAAACAGAAUAUUCAGGCAAUAAUUUAUUUUAAAAACAUCAAUUCUUAAACAUAUACGAUCGUAAAGCAAAGAUACAAGGAACAUUUCAAGUGUACCAGAUCGGUGAAGAUCGCGCGGCCUGUUGCGGUAUAACUACAGGUCGGAGUCAAAAAUCAAAUCAAAGUUGAACGAACUCAUGCCUUUAACCACUUUCCAAGUGUCGUGUAUUCUUUUCGUAAGCCACACACUACUCCUAGAACCAUACCAGAUCGAUAGGCUAAGCUUUUCUAUCUCCAAAGACUCUUGAGAACGUCCUGUUGCCGGACGGCCACGAUGCUCUUCUGAACCUCCAUGAUCAAAACAUUAUUUUUUGCGUCUUCUCAAAACGUAACCAGUCAAACGACAAAACCACACGUUAAUCACCACUACCGAAGUAUACCUAGACCAGCCAAAGCGACGGAUGUCCGAAUAAAACGAAGGAUUUUCAAUGAUUGUACCGGUCAUGGCGAUUUCGAAUUUAGUGUUGACCCAACAAAGUAAUUCUGAAGAGACAAACGGCGCGCAUGCGCAUUAUCGUGAACCAGUCCCUUUAAAUUCUAAUAAGAGACUUCCCCGAGGACUAGGCCUUUCCCGGUUGCGCUCGUAAAAUCCUGAAAAAGUGCUGGCAAAAAUGGCUAAAAAGUGCUCAAAAAGUGCUCAAAAUCUCAAAAUAGUGCUCAAAAAGUGCUAAAAGUUGUGAACAGUUACCUCUAAGCUUUGCGCAAAUAUGUCAAUUUUUACUGAAGUAAUUAACAAUUUAUUUUGCGUAGUGUUAUUCGACAGGUUGUUACGAAAGGUUGAUUGAAUAUGCAACAAUAAUAUGUUUAAAAAACUAAAGCCGGUUACGAAUUGUAAAUUAAUUCAGCAGUACUAGCAUCAGAUGAUUUAGGACCUGUUUGCAUGGAGUGAGGGAGCCCGGUCUAGUGGGGUUGGUUUCUUUUGUUUUCACGCUCUAGGGGACACAAAACAAAAGAAACCUACCCCACUAGACCGGGGUCCUCCACUCCAUGUAAACAGGGUCUUAGAAAUUUGAGAUGACACACGCAUGAUACAUCAGCCAAUCAGAAACUUCUGUUCUCACGCUCAGUGAGGAUAAGUCCACGUGCCUGACCAUGACAACGGUCUUUUAUUCUUGACAACAUUAUUAGUUAUUCAAAUUUAUGACCUGGAACACGAUUCUCGUUGCAAGCGACACACAGUUUUUGCUUUAAAAUGUUUUAGAAGACAUAUGUUGCUCGAAAUUUGCUCGAAAUGUGAAAUAUUGCUCAAAUGUUGCCCAAAGUGUGAAAAAGUGCGUAAGGGUGCUCAAAAUGCAAAAUGGUGCCCCAAACUCAAAAAAGUGCUCAAAAGGUGCUCAGCGCAAUCGAGAAAGGCUUACCGAGGACGGAGUUUUCUUCGAAGUAUUUUACAGAAACCUUGCUUUGUUACUUCUUCGCGUUUUGUUAUUAGCACUUGUUGUUUUGCUGCAAAAUAAACAUACUUCACUUGCUGAAAAUAGAGAAAAUUUAAUAAGCGCCCAGCCUCGAAUAAGCGCCCACUCUCAAGGUCCAAAAAUUUAAUAAGCGCCCAGGGCGGUUAAUCGAAUAAAUACGGUAACCUUCGCAGCACGCGCGCGAACUUUAAAUAGAUUUAACAAGACGCCUAAAGUCGUUUCCGUGGGAUGCGUUGGUCUAUGGAAACAUAAUGACGUUCUAUCUGAAUUAGGAAUCGAUGAGUAGGUUACCCGUACGGGUUGGUUUAAUGUGCUUAUGACUGAAUUUAUAGUAGCCUGCGUGGCAGGCUGCUAUUUUUCCACAGUCCACAUCCCCUUUUUGCUUCCUCCCUUACCCUAUAUCCCCUAUCCCUUUCGACAGUGGUCGCCAGGAUGGAGUUGAUCUUGUUUUGAUCUAUCGCUAUGUAGUUAUUUUCGUAGCACGAUUUGGAUAAGAAAAAGAAGUUAUUUUGCAUCAAAACAAGGUUUACCCGUGUAACUUAAAUUGGAAUGUUAACGGAAACAAGUAAUGGAGAACAUGCGCAUAAUGCUCUCUGAUUAACCUGAACAGGAACUAUAUGUAUAAAGAUACGUCAAAUCUUGGUAGUAAGUUGCCACAGAUAACUUUUUCAAAGAGAAAUAAACAUUGUAGUUUUAGGUUAAUGGAACAAAACAAAACAAAACAUCCGCUUGCUUUAUCCAGUGUCGAACCCAGGGUUACAAAGUGCGAUAAAGUUCCAAUGUUUUAAUCCAAGAUGAAAGUUUAAUAUUCCAAGAUGCUCUUGAUACGGUUAAAAAUUAAUUGCAAUGUGUUUCCAAGGUCUCAAAGUUAACAUAGUUCCAAUGAUUAUCCCUGAUUCCAAGGUAUAAUAAGAUUACCAAGGUCCUGAUCCGUGUCCCAUCCAGAAGUCCAAUCCAUGCCGAAAGAGAGUCGUCGAUCGACGAGGACGAUAUUUUCGCGAUUUCGCCGCCAAUCGUCAAGGGUGCGAGUUGAAAUUUACGCGAUUCAAGGUGAUUCAAGGUGUUUUCGAUAAGAAAAGAAAAAAAACUGAACUCUAGCUGUGCUCGGCAAAGACUGGCGAACUCCGAAAAGAAAAAUCUAUCGGAAAUCACGGCCCGCAACCAGACGCUACUAAAACCUUAUGAAAAAGCUAGACCUAAACAAAAAAGAAUCAUGAAGGGAAGAAAUAAUUUGGCUUAGGUCGCCUUUCUUGACUUGCCAGUAUCCCGCAGGAUUUCGCUGGUUAACAAGCCAUCCUAAACCACGAGGGCGACAAAUUUGGCAAGGAACGUUCUGAUUUCAACGUUCUUCAGAGGAAGCAAAUCGAUUAAAAAUCGAUACAGAUUUUGUACAAUCUGAUUGGUCGGCUUGGAAGAAGAGAUAAUCGAUAAAGAUUUUAGGCAAUCCUAUUGGCUGGCUUUGUAAUUUUGGGUACAACCGAACUGGAUUUUUACCGUGGGAGUGCCACAGGCAUCCCACGGAAAAAGGCUUUUGUUCACACAUAAGAACCGUGAUUUCAAAUGGCGUGAUUUUUGUAACGGGGCGAAGCUGCGCCGAACUUGAAAUCGCUGAAAAUGGUGAAAAUGGAUCGUCAGGCUUCUGCCACUGUCGUCGUGUGAACUGGUAUCUUCGAACCGUAGCGGAGGGUUCGUGUUCACCAAACCCUCUCGGCCAACCGCUCCGGCACGAUGUUCGAAGUGUGUGAACGAGUUGUUGAUGUUCUGUGCUGUUUAUUGUACGGGAUAGCUUUUCAUGGCCCAAAAGCUAUCUAGUAUACUGUAAACAUAGCCAAGAUAAGUUACUCCUCGUUACUGGGAUAAGAAACAGGAAGUUUUUUAAAUGUGAGAUGGCAGAGAAAUUCGUUCUUUUUACACGAGACUACCAGUUAUGGUUUUUCUCUCAUACUGUGCAGUGUGCAAAAACUGACCGGAUCUUUCUUUAUAGCACAGCUCCCGCGCGCGCAGUGGAGCCCCAUUGCUAAGAGAAAUUGGUAACCAGGGCGGAUAAAGGUUGGGCGAUGAAAUGAGCGCGUCCGAGCAAAAAGGUGUGAUGCAGUGCAUGGACUGGGACUCUGCUUAGAAAUGUCGCUUGUUUUCGACUUCAUUCAGGGCUUGCGAUGUGGUUUGUCCAUUAGACACUGCCGCUGUCACUGAAUUAUGGCGGCUUGAUUUGUUUCUUUGCACUUAUUCCUCGUUCCUUUGUGCUGGUACGCUGUCUCCGAGAGGCAAAUGUUGCUAUUUUUUGCGGGAGCUUUAGUUGGAGUAGACAAACAUCUCUUUUAAAGGGUUUCUCUAUUAUAUUUUCGUUCUACUACUCGCCAAUGUCGAUGUUAUUCCAAAACAAAAACAACUUAGUACUGUCUAAAACACGAAGGAAAAUCUCAUCCAUGGCAAAACUAAAAGACAGCAGAUCGUGAUUCAUAACUAGAUGACGUGUAUUUCAUAAAUGCGUGCAACUCGUGCAAGGUGAAAUUAUGCUAAUUUCAAUCACCAUCAUCCUUCUUUUUAAUUUUGAAAAAAACAUCUGAUACGUCUUUCUGUUUCUUCGAAACUUCAAAAUUAGUUUCCCCUCAGUUUUUACUGUUUACCUUGUUUUGUUUUACAGAGAAAAACGGAGAAAAAACCUUACAACUAACCUCAAUAAAUUUUGUUUACAUGCAGUUGCCGGAUUUGCGACGCAUUGCGCGAAUCGCCAUGGCGCGUUGCACCCGAGAAGAAAAGUUUGAAGCAGUACAACGCCACUAUAUCAAAAUAUAUCAACCUAAUUUUUUGUUAUUUUAUAUAAAAUUUAUCCCCUUUACCAUAUGUAAAAAUUGAGGUUAAGAAGUGUUAAGCUUUUGCAAACGAAACGGCGAAAGACGAUUAGGUGAUAUUUAGUGGAAGGAGGAGGGUAUUCAACACUUUCAGAUUAAACUCAAAUUUGGCAUUAUAUGACCAACAACUUCGACUUAUAGACAUACAGACACAAACAUAUGAAACUGUUUAUUGAUAUUGUUAUGAAACGAAUUUAUCUAUUUAACAUUGUAGCCUGACAUUAAAGAAAGAAAGUAGGAUUUCCGGUUUGCAGAAAGGAAAAUUUCGCCGGCCUUCAAGCGCACCGGAAGCGGGGAAAGAGCGCUCGUGCCAGUCCUACUCCUCAUCACACAUUAAAUGAAAAGCGGAGUGCUCGUUUCACCGCCCAACAUUUAUCCGCCCUGUUGGUAACCUAUGAAAGCAAAAAAAUUGGGUUAUGACGUAGCGUAUGCCCAAACGACCGUCCGUACACCCACUACAUGUAAGCCGAUGACAACUGUCAAAUUUUAGCGGGAAAGCGUAUUGCCACUUUUGCCACCCGCGUCUUGUGAAGCAGAGACUAAGAGUCAAAACGAAAACGGAAAGCGGAAAAUGUUUCUGUAUCCGUUUUGUUUAAACUAUUAAGCUUAGAUCAAUUGUCAUGUCCACAAAUUUGGAAAAUAGAGAAGGAGAAAGACAGAGAACAAGAGAAAGCCUGAGUAGCGCGACAGGACAGCGAAGCUCAACGAGAAAAGGAGCUAGAGCGGGAGAGAAAAAAAAGGAGACAUUUUUUGUUGUAGGAACAACAUGAAAUUUUGUGGCGGCGGGAUGCUGGCGGCCACUGAGGGUGAGAACGGUCGGCAGUGAAAAAAAGUAAACAAGAACACCUCCGACAUAUUUCCGCCAUAAAACGUGUAACUAGGAAGUUUAUGGAAGUUUCACGUUGCAAUCGUGCAAAACAACGGCAAAGAAAUGUACAGAAAAAGAGUGCUGCACUAUUGUUGUUUUUUCACCGUUCUCGUUCCCUUCAGCGCUUAGCAUUACAUGUACGACUUUAUAUUUUGUUUGACCAAAUUAUAAAAAUUAUCGAUAGCUUCGCUUUCAGCCCUGGCUAAAUCUAUAUAUUAUCUUCAAACAUCAUUCUCUAAUAUAAAUAACGUACUUUAGAUGAAGACAUAUCUACAAAUAGUGCGAAAGAAGAGUGCUUCAGAAUGAGGCCAAUACUACAGUAUUUGUUUUACGUUAUUUAGUGAUUUCACCUGUCUGCUUAUUGCUUAUUAGCGAACAUAAGAUCCGAGGAAGGCGACGGCAGCGAAAACGGUCAGUCUUCAUCGCGACAGUUCCAACUAACUUACUUUAGGGACUUUAAGAUCCAACGACGCGGACGGCAACGAGGACAACAAAAAACAAUAGGUUUUAUAAGCAAAUUAAUCUAACAACUUUGCUCGUGCACCACCCUUUUUUGUACACUUCUCUGCCCGUUUUUGGUCGACUACGACGUGAAAAUGCCUAAUUUCACGUUUUAUGGACUACGUAAACAAGCAACGACGAAAUUUUGUUUCUCUUUCUGAACCUGGAUAUGAUCCCUAGGAAUUCAAAUACAGGAGGGUUCGCCUACAUUUGACAAAGUAAGUGUGUAGAAAUAAUUGCGAUAAAUACUAAAAGAACGCAAAUCCACUUUUAGAGGCGACGUUCUCGUUGCCGUCGCGUCGUUGGAUCUUAAAGUCCCUUUUGUCAAAAUUAUGCGAACUCUCCUGGAGUUGAAUUCCUAAAAACCAUAUCCAAGUUCAGAAAGAGAAAGAACAUUUCGUAGUAGCUUGUUUACGUUCCCAUAAAAGGUGAAAAUAGGCUUUUUCACGUCGUAGUCGUGCUGUAACGGCAAAGAAAUGUACAAAAAAGCACGUGCAAAGUUGUUGUUUUGUAGCCUGAGUAUCAGGCGUUUCUGGGGAAAAGGAGAAAGAUGGAAGAGAAAAAAAUCUCCUCUCCCCUAGCCCCUUAGGAAGGCCUCAUACUCAGGCUAGUUGUUUUGCUAAUCGUAACCUUUUGCUUUUUUUGGUCCCUACUGUUAUGUGAUAGCGCUACGCACGAUUUACUAUUAACACCCCUAGUCAUACAUAAAAUUAUUUAAAAAAUACUAGAAAGUGAUAAAAAUUCAGUAUCUGUUUUCAAAUAUAUGGGUUUUCUUUUUGAUUGACAGGACCAAGUCUUAAACUAUCAACCCUUCAAAAGUAGUAUUGUUUGCAAAAGUUUUUUAAAACACGUGCCCUACAGCGAUUUUCGCGAGGUAUACGCACGCAUGCGCAGACGACAGUCCUGAACACUGGGUGACAACCUCGUUCCCAGGGUUCUCUAUUACGUGUCCCAGGAGCGAGAGAGGGAGGAGUAGUAGAGCAUCCUGGGAACGAGGUUCCCCUGGAUGAUACCUUCAGAGGGAUGGGGCGCUAAGCGACUUUUUGUCUUUAUUUUAGUACCACGACGAACAAGCAACCUACCACACCAGUGCAAAUACUUUGUUGGAAGGGAUACUGUCGUAGAUCAGAUCAAGGAAAAGUUGACAACAAAUUCAUCAAACAUGAUUCUUAUCAUCGCUUUACCUGGCAUGGGCAAGACAGAGGUUGCAAUUCAUGUCGGACACUUGUUGCAAAAAGAACACUGGCCUGUUGUGUACGUCAAGGAGAAAAAACUCAUAGAGAUCUGCCAAAACAUUCUCCAUCAGUUAGAUCAUCGACAUUGGACAUUAGACAGUGAUGUGAUUUCACACUGCAAGCGAAAGCUAUCGGAGCACGAAAAAGACACGAUAGUCAUUCUUGACAACACGGAAGAUGCACAAAAAGAUAAAGAGUUCGAUGACUUUUUUGAAUUCAUGGUGAAGUUUGCACCGAAGAUUCGAACCAUCAUAACAACACAGUAUGACAUCAACAGCCUCGAUUCAGCAGACAGCAUUCAUAAGAUUCGCCUCGAUUCUUUAGAUCCUUGCUCAUCUUCUGAACUUUUGUUGAAAAGGGCACCGCGUAUUCCAAAAGCUAUUGCUGAAGAGAUUGGCAAGUUGUGUGACGGGAUACCCUUAUUUCUUGGCUACAGUGGCUCAAUGAUGGCUGAUGACUUCUGCCCCGAAGUUUUUGCCCGAGAGCUGAGAAAAAAUCCCGUGAGAGUUGUACGCGAUAACGAACAUCUAACCCGGUUUUAUACCAACAUUGACCGCUUUUUUCGCCUUUUGCCUGAACCGGUGUUGAGAAAGCUAGUCCGCCUUUCCGUAUUCCCAACGAGUUUUUCUGUGGAUGACAUCCGGUUUUUGUUCAAGGAUGAUUAUGAAGUGGAAGUAGUAAAGACAAAAUUGAUUCAGUACUGUUUGCUUAAAAAGUUGAAUGAUGAAGGCGUUUUUGCCAUUCAUCAGCUCGUUAAGACUUAUUGCAAAGAGCAAAGAGAAAGCUUAGGCAUGGUUAAUGAAGGGCGCUCCGCAGAGAGGGCUUUCAAUCAACACUACCUCAAGAUUCUGCGCGAUCUUCACAAUCUGUUUCUCACAAAAGAUUCAUCAAAGGCCAUUCAAAGGUUCAGGGAAGAUAAAGCAAAUAUCAUGGAAGCAUUUGAGAACUGUCUUUGUGACUCUAGUGAGCCCGAAGACAAAGUUUUUGCUAUUGAUGUUGCUAAUGAAGUCGUGGACUUCUUAGCUAAAGUGUUAUCACCACCUAUGGAAUGCACCCUUUUGUAUCAAAAGUGUUGUGAGAUCGCUAGGGACUCCAUACGUGACGGUAAGAGACUUGCAUACAGCUUAAAUUCCCUUGGUUUCCGUUGUCUAGAUGACGCAGAACACUGCAAAAGCGACGGUGCGGAGUAUGCUUGUCAGAAGUUUGAAGAAGCUUGCUCAAUAUUCAGAGGAUUGCCAAAGGAGACUCAGAAAUGUGAGAAAUACGCUCACGUAACCUCCAAACGUGGCUUGUGUGUGUUACUCCAGGUGAGAGAUUUCUUUUGUCCUUACUUCCAGUAGAUUGCUUUUUUCAUGAGACAUUAGCUUGCGUUAAUCCGUCAGGAUUAGAGAGCGAAUGUAAGCCUAAGAAAUCAGCCGACAUUUCGCGACGCCACCACUGGUUUCCCCGUGAAAUGACGUCUGAGAAACAAGCGCAGAAAUUCCAUACUGAUGACGCGUCACUACCCAAAUCUGGGUAGUGCUUCUGAUUGGAUGAACCAAAGUCUUAACCAACCGGAAACACUGCCCAAAUCUGGGCCGUUCCCGGAGCCUCCUGGGGGCCUGAGCACGAGGACCAGGACGCUCUGGGGACACAGGAUUAACACAGGAUUUGAAGUCCUAGAUUUUAGGACUUCUAGUCAUUUCUGAUUCAAAAGUAACUUGGAGGAUUCUCUUUUAAAAGUUUUGAAUCACCUAAAUUUACAGUUAUUGUCACUUCGGCAAGAGCAAGUGAACGCUAUUACAGCUGUAGAAACGUUGUAGAAAAUCAGAAAUGACCAAACUGUCCUAAAAUCUAGGACUUCAAAUCCUGUGUCCCCAGAGGCUCCUGAUCCUCGUGCUCAGGCCCCCAGGAGGCUCUCGGGACGAGAAUGUAUGAAAUUUCUGCAUUCGUUUCUCAGACUAAUCUCGUACCCAGAUCUCUCAGGUACGAGAUUAUAUUUUGGAGCUGGGAACAGCCUUUCCCGCAGGAAACUUUGCCCUAGUACUCUAAUAGUAGCAGCAACAACAACAACAACAACUUCAUUUGUACCCAACAGUAUCCAAUAAUGAUUAACAAAAUAAAUUAACAAAAUACAGAGGAGUUCAGGCUACCUCAAACAACCAUAGGAGCUAAAGAAAAGGGCAGUCAUGCUUAAAUGAUUUAUCUAUACUUAUUUGGGUCAGAUACCGCCAUGUUACCUGACCGCUCCCAAUAAGAUACUUUAUUACAUGAAAAUUUGGCGACACUAAAAUUUAGCGAUUUUGAAAAAUUUUUUUUUAAUAGCGGCACUUUAAUUUAGCGAUUUUUCGUAAAUUUUGGAACAUAAGUCACUUAAUUUUGGCGAUUUCACGAGCUGAAACUUUGGCGAAUUAAGGUAUUCAAAACUUUUAUGACGACAAUAGAAAAGUCAUCUGAUGAAAUCAUAAAGGUCAACAACUUCACUUAAAUCAAAAUCAUACAACUUUCUGAAACUUAAUUUCAAACGAAACAAACGAAACUGGAACUGUAAUGUCAUAUCUCGUAUGCUGUCCUCACUCAUACUGUCAACCUCGUGCCUAGCGCGCUUUUCCCUGGCUUUAAAGGUCGGGCGCCCCACCUUUAAAGCUAGGGAAAAGCGCCCUGGGGACGAGGUUGGUACAUAGUCAUUGCACACAAUAAAUUCUGCCUUUACGAGUACUACUUCAAAAUCGACCGUAAAAUAGCAUAUGUAUGUGAAACUGACUAGAUGGCGGAAUUUCAUUUUGUACUCACUUUAAUUUAGCGACGAUUUAAAUUUAGCGAUUUUAAGAAAACAUCGCUAAAUUCGCUAAAUUAAAGUGUCGCCAAAAUUUCAUGUAAUAAGGUAAUUGAUGACCGCAACUGAUCAGCUUUAGUAAUACAGUAUAUGGCAUUUGCUCAUGUUAAUUUUCUUGCUUUUCUCUUUAAGGGAGAUGUAGAAGGAGGAAGGAAAUCAAUCCUCGAGGGAAUCAAACUAAGAGAGGAGUUGGGUGUUCAACUGUAUACCGCUACAGGAAACUGUGAUCUUGGACGUAAGAAACUAAAUAUUCGCUUGGCACGUCUAUAUCAAUUACCGUAUUUACUCGUACAAGCCACGCGGCCCUUACUAAGCGCCUCAAAUGCGGCGCUUAUUGGAGGACGGUGUUCAUUUGCAAGUUGGAGGCGCCAUAUAUUUGAUGUUGGUGUUUUUUUUUUUUUUCAAAUGCGGCGCUUAUUCGAGCAAAUAUGGUAAUUAGUAGCAUCAUAGAUCGUGAAUAGAAGGUCUCGGCAGUAAGAUUGCACAGAACAAAGCGACUAGAAUCCAAGAAUGUAGUUACCAGUAUUCCUUAUUUAUUUUCGAUCGCCUAAGCAUGCCAAUAAAACAAGAGGGUCAUAAUGGGCGUUUAACCUAUAGGCGAGAGUUGCUCAAAAUUUUCAGUCUGCUGAGGUGAAUAGGUACGGUGAUGUCUUGUUUAGGUGCUAGCUGAGACAUCAUGAAAAAUGUUAGUGAUACUAACGCUUAUCUAAGGGUCUGGAUGUCCGCCCCCACCCCCUCUUAUUUCAAGGGGUCUGGAUCCUGGCACUGCCAUGAACAUACAUAGUUUUGUUGCCGCUAUACAUGCAAGGAUAAUCAGUAGGUCAUUGGAAAUUCAGAUUUCAGGAAAAUGAUCUAUAGUGAUAUCAAGUAAAUCAUCAUACUGAUGAGCAGGUAUUUUUGAAUAAUUUUCAAUUUUUUUAUAGAUUCUUACCGACAUUGCGGUGACUACAAGAAGGCUCUCGAAAUUUGGCAAACAGAGACGCUGCCGGUUUACAUAAAGCAGCUAGGUAACGCUCAUCCCUGGACGGCUUCAAUCAUUCAGCACAUCGCAUCCAUGUACUUGGAGCUUGCACGAAAGGAUCCAGCGCAGUACGCUGAGUCCGCCGAGACUUGCACCAGACGAGCUUUAGAACUGAGGUGGAAGCUGUUAGGUGAGCAUCAAGACACGGCUCGUUCGCACACUCGGCUAAGCGAAGUUCUUUGUAUACAAGGGAAAUUUGAAAUGGCCUUAAAAGAACUUGAAGAGGCUUUGGAUAUUCAAAACGAUGUCUUGGGUGGUAACCACGAGGUCACGCUCAACACGAUAAAGAAAAAAGGAGAGGUUCUAGAUGCUAUGAGACGAACAGGGCAGGUCCAAGAGGCUGAGGAGACACUGCUAGCACAUAAAUUUGCAAACACACACUUUCCGAACAACUAA